AUGAAGUUCGAGCCAGACACUCUCGAACGGCGUCUCAGUCGCCGAUUCGAGACUCCCAUUCCGGAGGCACGGCAAUUCCGCUGGAUCAAGGAGAUCGCAAGCGCUGCGUCCUGGCUCGAGAGCCUUGACUACUUCCACGGCGACCUGCGGCUGGAAAACAUCCUCCUGGACGAGACCGAGCAUGUCAAGGUCUGCGACUUCGGGCGGGCUAUGAAGCGGGGAUGCAAGAUCGACGUAGCGACAUACCCGUUCUAUUGCCCGGCUAAGAAUCCUGUUGCCGGCCCCGCGCAUGAACAGUUCGCGAUCGGUUCCUGCAUCUACACUAUCCGCACUGGAGAGGUGCCCUAUGGCCAGUGGGAGACGCCUGAGGACUUCAAGAGAAUGCAUGAAGCCCUUCUCCAAGGGAACUACCCACCAACCGAAGACGACGCUGUCCUCGGCCAUAUCGUCUCGUCUUGUUGGCACUCAAGCUUUGAGAGUAUGGGAGACGUCGAAGCAGCCAUCGAACGGGUUGUCGGCCAGUUGUGCGAGGAAGGCAGUGCCAUUUGUCUGUCGCAGGAAGAACAUGACAUCUGUGUGCAGAAGUGCCGGGAAUUUCUGGCCCAGCAAGGGCAGGAGCACAGGGAAAACAACGCAGUGUGA